GGGGAGAGUGUGGGCCGAUGGCGGAUGAGUUGCGGCAAGAGAGUACUGAGAACGGAAAGGAUCGUAUGGAUUCUAUUGGGAUACUCUGGUGGAUUAUUCUAUGCCCUGGGAGCACUUUUUGGACCCCGACAUCCGUUUCCGAGAAUUCUGCAAGACACAGGGAGAAGGAGCUUUCUAUGACGAACAGCGCUGGAUGCCGGCUGUUCUCCCCACCAGUAAGCAGUAGGAAGAACCGGCCGACCACCCUUGCAAGCAGUCAGUUCACCACUGCAGUUGACAAAGUCCCAGAGCCAUCAAAUGUAUGUGGGCCUAACGUCAUUGGGGAAGAUUCCUCAGAAGACACUUUUCUGGACCAAGAGGAUUGGGAUUCUGUAGACAGUCCUGACUGGAGGAGAGACAUGAGAGGACUGUCUGAUAAUAUGGCUGAGUUGGACAUUUCAUCAGGCAAAAUUCUGUGUCAGUAUUUCAAACAAACAAACUGCUGCAAAUCCUGUGAAGACAAAGCUGAAGACACCUCACACUGGAUCCUGAUGGAACCCUCUGUUUCCAUGGAGACAGGAGUCCCAGUGUAUAAACACAGCUCUCCACCAGGAAGUUUUCAGUGCACAGUGUCUGGUUUGCGCUGGGUGUGUGCGGUUGAAGUCUCUCUACAGUAUCACUUCAGUGACCCCCAUGUAUUCAGAGCAGAGCUUGCCAUGUUGCAGUAUGAGCCAACUGGUCCCUUGAUGGACAUCAAAGUGCUCUCAGGUGAACUGUUGGAGGCUCAUCUGCCCCAUUUUGCCUGUCUGGAAGGUUCAGACUCCUCUCUUAGAGAGGCUGUAAGAGUUCUGCGUGGGGUCAACAGCAGUGUGACUCUAGAGAAAUGUGAGCUGACCCGCUUCCACGCAAAGCUCCUCAAGCCCUCCUUCUCACUGACAGAAGUCCUGGUGAAAUUUGGAAUCCCAAUGAAAGCCCAUCUGGAUGUGUUAAUCUACCGCACCAGAGUGACACCCCUGGUUCUCCUCACAUAUGUCGUGCCACGGGAUGCUUCCAUGAUUCAGGCCGUUGAGGAGGAUUUACGAGAGACACAAGAUGCUAAGAAGAUCAAAACACAUCGACCAGAUAUGUCCAUUUGGAUGCACACAAAGUUUAGCUUGAAGUCAUCUGCCAGUCAUGCUAGAAGUUCCCCACCAGAAAUCACCCUAAAAUACAUCAGACCUCCUGACCUAUUCCGGGUGGUCAUUGAUAAAGCAGAGGACUGUUUUGAUUUGGAGCUGAUCAGUGAAGGGCAGUCCAUAUGGAAAGCUACACUGGAAAGCUUUGAAUUUGGUGAGACUGGAGAAAUGGCAUGCAGUCAUGAAAUGCCCUCAGCAGCAUCCAGACGUUGCCAAGUCAUGACCCACAGAGAGGUGGCUUACACAAGCAGAGCUGCCAGGACUGAUGAGGAAGAAGGGAAAAUGGCCUCCAUGUCACACAAAGAUCGACUGUUCAUGAUUCGUCCUGAUCUCAUCAAGAAAACAUCGGGAGCUCUACUCCGAGAUCUGUUGGAUGAACUUCAAGCUCCGCCUCGUGUGAUAAGCAGCAGGGAGGCAGAAGACGUCCUGCAGAGGACCAGCGUGCCGCAGGACCAGGUGACCUCCCUCAUCGACAUGGUGCUUAAAAAGGGGGACAGAGCAUGUGGCAUCAUGCUCUCCCUCCUUAAAGAACUGGACAGUUACCUUUAUCAAGACCUCGGCCUGUAAAAACAAAGCGUGUAGCGCAUGGUCUCCCUGCAGGUGAGAGAGGAGGCUGCAUCAUAUCAUGACUUCACUGUACAGACAAUAUGACAACUCGGAAAGAGAUGAAAAGAUGGUUAUACGUUAAAUGUAUGACCAAUAUGUUCAUCAACAAAACUCUGAUACUUUAUGAUAAAUUGUUAUUGAAAAGACA